AUGGAAACAUUCAACCACAUAAACCUCCGCAUCAGGAAGGUCAAAAACGAGGAUCUUCUGAAAGCCAUACGAGGCGAAAAGAUCCCCCGAGCCCUCGCAGACAAGCACACAAGACAAUGCGUCAUUCGUGGUAUUCGAUACCACUAUGGCUUUGGGACCGAGCUCCGUGGCCUUCUUCCAGAGUUCAAUCGCGCCCUCAAUGCACGAUGUAUCAUGAGCAAUGAGAUACCUGAUAUGAACCCAGAUUGCCCUGAGGACUUUCCUUACUGCAUCUGGCAUCCUGAGACCGCGUCGGAAGCUACUUACCGUGAGCUGGCACGGCGGUAUCCUAAUAUGAAAUACUUGGUUGGUCGUGCAUGCGCUGUUGCAGGUUACACAGAUCUCUUCCUUGAGCUGGAUCUGCUACCCGAAUGUCACAUUGCUGAAGAGGCACGCGAGAGCGGUCACCUUCAAAUCUAUGAUGCGAUCAUGAAAUCAGCUGUUAAGUACAACGCCAUGAACGAUUAUACUUUGGAGAUCUUUGCUCCCGUUCCUGGAAAUUUGAACGGUGAUACCUGUAUCCGGGCCUGGCUCGAUAUCUGA